UGGAAAGUUGGAGGAGCCCUGCUGAGUGGCAGGCAGAUGAAAGCAUUGAGCAGCCGGGGACAGUGAGAGCCAGAGGAUGUGGUGGACCAUGGCUGAGACAUGGCAGUUCCUGGGUUGCCCAGUGGUGGCCAUCUGUCUCCUUCUCCCUGCGGUGACUACAACCCCACAGCAUGCAGGGCAGCCCACGGACAGCACGAGCAUGGGAGGUGGCCUGCAGGAGCCCGAGGUCCCGGAAGUGAUGUUUGAGCUGCUGUGGGCUGGGCUGACAUUGGACGCCCGGGGGCAGCUGCACCUGCAGGACGAGGAGUUGGCGUCCACACGUCCAGGCCGCCGACUCGGGUUCCUGCUGCAGCACCAUGUGCCCCGGAACUGGGAGGAGGUUGAGCAGUGGCUGCGGCAGCUCCAGGACCUGCGGAAGGGGCCUCCCCUCAGCCCCAGGGACUUUGAACACCUGCUGCUCACGGGCCUCUCAUGUGUCUACCGGCUCCACGCAGCCAGUGAGGCCGAGGAGAGAGCCCACUGGGCCCAGGUCUUUGUCCUCCUGGCACAAGAAGCACUGUGGGACCUGUGUAAGGGCUUCUGCCCCCAGGGGCAGCCCCCAUCACUGGCACCCUGGCCUUCUGUCCUGGACCCCCUUCCUUGAUCCUUCCCUGGCACCUGCCAACCCCCCUUUCAUAGCCCCCCAACCCAUACUCUGUUCUCCAUCACCAUGAUGGUGCUGGAUCCAUUCUGGACAGGGUCUUCCACGUGGCACCCUGGAUCUGCCUACUGUGCUCAUUACUCUGUGGGGUGUGUGUGUGUGUGUGUGUGUGUGUUUGGGUCAGGGAUGACAAGUGGGACUAAAUGAUGCUGAAAGGGAAGCUGUCCUGGAGGACGGCCAGGCUACACCCUCUGACGCCUAGCCUCCCACCUGGGCAGUGUGUGGGAGGUCUUGGGGGAAGCCCCAGGAACCCUGUCCAUGUCUGGCACCCACUCCUCACUUACAUACCCCCUUCAAAGCCCAAGCAAGCCUUUGAGUCUCCAGCGUUGGGAGAAUUGAUCUGGGACUGUGUAUGUGUGUUGCGGGAG